AUGGGCGGUUACUUGUCUCAUCUGAAAUCGGAGCCUCUCACGAGUGUUCUGAAUGCUUCUUGCGGGCCCGUGCGGGGAACCGAGUACCGUCAUGUAAGUGGAGUGCAAUAACUUUGUACAGAACUGAUGUUUAGGGCGAGAAGAGAGUCCAUGGAUACCUCGGGAUCCCAUAUGCUCGGCCACCAGUCGGAAAGCUGCGAUUCGAGAAGCCGCUGCCUGCGGACGACUGGACUGAAACGAGAGAUUGUACAAGUUACGGUCCCCGAUGUCCACCUUCUGGGUACGGAUACGAGAGGGGCAUGUUCACGAACCCGGAUGUGCCCGACGAAGCGGAAUGUCUGACUGUGAACGUGUUCGUUCCCGACUGGGAAUCCACUGAAUACGUGAGCGCUCUGAACUAGUUACCUAAUUGAAUUACAUUUGUUUGCAGAAGAAGAACGGACGGCCUGUAAUGGUCUAUGUUCAUGGAGGUGGCUUUGAAAUUUCUGCGUCGAGAGAGUUUUGCGACUAUUCCAUGUCAAGCACUCUUCCUUUGAAAGAUGUCAUCCUCGUCACUCUGAAUUACCGCCUCGGAAUCCUCGGAUUCUUCACAACUGGAGACGAUAUGUGCCGUGGAAACUUUGGGCUUUGGGAUCAGACUCUCGCUCUCAAAUGGGUUCAAAAGCACAUUGCUUCUUUCGGAGGAGAUGUGAAUAACGUCACUCUGUUCGGCCAAAGUGCCGGAGGUGCUUGUGUCGAUCUGCUCGCUCUGAGCCCCCAUUCAAGAGGUAUCACUUACUCUGAAAGCCACAAUUGUAUCUCUUUUUGUCAGAUUUGUUCCACAAAGUGAUUCCAAUGUCCGGCUCCGCGCUUUGUGAAUUCGCGUGCCGACUUCCCAAGAAUGAAGCUGCUGUUUUUGAUGACAUGGUCGCAAAACUGGGCUUUACCGGAAAUGGUAUGUUCUUUUUUGUGUUUUCCUUUUCUAUUAACUUUUUCAUGUUUAAGGUUCUGUCGAAAGACUCGAGUUCAUGAGAAAUCUGCCGAUUGACAAACUGACUGCCAGGACCGGUUUCCAGUAUAACCAAUCUGGUUUCAUGAGCAUGGUCCCGAACUUUGACGGAGAUUUCUUCCCGAAACCAUUUGAUCAAUUGAGAAAUGAAGCGAAAAAGAAGAGUUUGAUGACUGGAAUCGUGGGAAACGAAGGCAUUCUAUUCGGUGAACUACAUUCAACGAGUUUUGCAAUGAAAACUCUUCUAUUCCAUUUCAGCGUUCAACUAUCCAACUUUUAAAGAUUACACUGACUUGCUGCAUCAGAAGAUCGCUGAAGAUUACAAAGAAGACGUCGUGACUGAUGUGGAGGGCGUUCGCAAAGAAAUCUUUGAUUACUACACCAAAGACAUUCCUCGAGACGACGAUACGAUGAUGAGAAGAGCAGCGGAGUUCGUCGGAGACUCCAUCUUCCACACGGGAGUGCUUGCCACAGCGGAAAGUGCUGCCAAACACGGCGACGAUGUCUGGCUCUAUGUGUUCGAUUACUGUAAUCCGGAUGGCUUCGGUGUACUCAAAGACGUUCUUCCGUAUAUUGGUGAGUUCAAUCGAGCAGCGGAAGCUUCAAUGCUCAUGUAAAUCCAGGCGCAACACACGGAGUCGAACUACGUUACCUUUUCGGAGACGGAAUAAUCAGCAAGUUCGAGCCAACAGAGGAAGAGUUAAAAGUUCUCGAUCUGACCGGAACGAUCUUUACGAACUUUGCCAAGUACGGAAACCCGAAUUCGAUCGGAUCAACUGCCUGGGAAAAGUAUGAUCCGAACCGUCCGGGUAGACAUUUCCGUAUCAGCUGGCCUAAAAGUGAAAUGGUCGACGAGUAUUGCGGCGACAGAUGGAAGUUUCUGGAAGAGAUGAGAAAGAAGAACAGAUGCUUCCAGGAGAUUGUGCACGGAAAGAAACUGUCUUGA